UCACAUUGUCCAACAAUUUUUGACCCUCGGUUUUUUUGGACAUAUUUUUUUUCUUCGGUUUUCAUUAUUCGAUUUUCUCACUCAUUACCCUUAUUUUUGUUUUUAUUUUCUACUAUUUUAUUUUUGGAACUCCCGACCCGAGGAGCUUGAAUGUUAUUACACAGGACUCUUUGAUGCGGCUCGUUGAACGAGCACGUAACUGCCUUGCCACUUCCAAAUAAACGGGAAACACAAUCAAGUAUCCGCAACAACCACGGCCAUGACGGGGAGUGGGAGGCCAUCGUACUGGCGAUUAUUUGUGUUUACAAGUUUGAUAUUCUUAAUUGGUAGGUCCUCCGCGUCUCUAGGGGACAGGCUCCCGGAUUUCAAGGAGUGCGUGACGGUAAGCCUUCUCCGACCCAUAUGCAAAACCGAAAAUUGCGAAAAUGGAAAGACAUACAUACCAUUUUACCUCCGCCUCCUCCUCUGGGACUGCCCAGCAGAAUGCGACUACACAUGCCAACACAUCAUCACGGACCGACGGGUUAACCGGGACCCGCCAAUGCUCGAACCCGUCGUCCAAUUCCACGGAAAAUGGCCCUUCUACCGAAUACUUGGCAUGCAAGAACCGUUUUCCGUCCUCUUCUCCUUCAUGAAUUUCCUCGCUCAUCGCCAUGGUAUGUCGCGCGUUCGAGAGUCGAUACCACAUUCGUAUCCGAUGCGCAGGUUUUAUCUUGCCUUUGGAUAUUUCGGCUUGGCUAGUUGGAUUUUCAGCAUGGUGUUCCAUACGCGGGAUCUGCCCUUAACUGAAAAGCUCGAUUACUACGGUGCAGGCGCAAGUGUGCUAUAUGGGUUAUAUCUGUCCGUCGUUCGAAUAUUCCGCCUCGACCAGACAAGGCCCCGCCAGAAGCCGAAGCUCCUCCGAUACUGGACGUUCACCUGUACAGGACUGUUCAUUGCGCAUGUCUCCUACUUGAGCUUUUGGUCCUGGGACUAUACGUAUAACAUGGCGGCCAAUGUGGCUGUUGGAAUCGUGCAGAAUUCGUUGUGGACAUGGUUUAGUAUCUCGCGAUACCGGAAGUACAUGAAAUCGUGGACGGCAUGGCCUGGAAUGAUAGUUGCGUGGAUUAUCGUAGCUAUGAGUCUGGAGCUGUUGGACUUUCCGCCUUGGCAUGGACUGGUUGAUGCCCAUAGCCUAUGGCAUUUAGGGACUGUGGUACCUACUGCUUGGUGGUAUUCGUUUAUUGUUAGGGAUGCUCUGGAUGACAUAGCCGGAGAGCGGCUGAAGGCUUGA